CGGUUCCCUCCUCUUUCACUCCCGCCUCACCCCCACCUCUCCGGGCAGGACUCGGAAGAUGGCGGCGGACGAUCGGUGCCGGUCGGAAACGGCUAAGGAGAAGCGGCGGGAGCAACUGAACCGAUGGCUGGGAUCGGAUACGGAGCUAAACUCUUCCUCCGGGGGCUCGGGCACCUCUCGCCGCCCGCCCCGGGUCCGUUUCGCCCAAGGAGCCGUCUUUAUGGCCGCUUGUUCGGCAGGAGACCGAGACGAAGUUCGCCAACUACUUUCGGCCGGAGCCCCAAUCAAUGGCACUAACGUGGACGGACUGACAGCCCUGCACCAGGCCUGUAUUGAUGAGAAUAUGGACAUGGUUCAGUUUUUGGUGGAGAAUGGCUCUAACGUGAACCAGCCGGAUAAUGAGGGCUGGACCCCCCUUCAUGCAGCAGCGUCCUGUGGAUUUGUAAGCAUAGCACAGUACCUGAUUUCCAAAGGAGCCAGUGUGUCUUCUGUGAACAGUGAGGGGGAACUACCAAUAGAUGUAUCACACGAGAGUGCGAUGGAAAAACUCCUGAAGAGUGAGAUAAAGAAGCAAGGUGUGGAUCUGGAUGCUGCCCGUAAAGAGGAGGAGCAAGUCAUGCUGCGAGAUGCACAGCUUUGGCUCAGCACUGGGAAAUAUGAAAAUGCUCGACACCCGACCACUGGCGCUACUGCUCUGCAUGUGGCGGCUGCCAAAGGGUACACGGAGGUCUUAAGGCUACUACUGCAGUUGGGGAUUGACGUGGACUCCCGUGACUACGAUGGUUGGACUCCGCUGCACGCGGCAGCUCACUGGGGCCAGCAGGACACCUGUCGUCUGCUAUGUGAGGCUCUCUGCGACAUGGAAGUGCUCAACAAAGUGGGUCAAACGCCGUUUGAUGUGGCAGAUGACAGCGUAGAAUCCUUGCUAGAAGAACUAAAGAACAAACAGAGCUUGUUGCGUGUAGAAAAAAUGAAAAAUGCCACCCAAAUUCUUUCUCCGACAAGUCCUUCCAACCAGAAUGCUACCAGCCGGACUCGCAGGAGUUCUAUUUCUCGCCUGAGCAGUCAAGAGAAGGUUGCGUUACGUGUGCAGGACAAAGAACGCCGUGCACAGCCUACAGCCACAACCGGAACCACCAACCCACCCAUUGGAUCAGGCUCUGAUGAAUCUGGGUCCGAUGAGGAAACUGAAAAAGUUAAAGCUCAGGAAAGAAUUAACAAUUUGAAUAAUCAGUUGAAGAGUCUUCCAAGCACAGCGGUGAAAAAGGCCCCUGUUGUGCCAGAGCCAGAGAAGACAGAACCAGCCUUGGGUUCAUGGCGGGCUUCUCUGAGAAAAACCGGAAGCUCUGGCACAUUAAGCUCUGCAACAAGUUUUGACGAGGGAAAAAAAGCAGCAUUGCCAAAAUCGGCAUCAAGCUCCCAACUAGCAGAUAGAGAUAAGGCAGGCUCUGAGCUCCGUUUGGCCCGAGUGCCCCCCAACCAGACUCAGAAACUUUUCAGUAACCAGGACAAUGCACGAGACAAUCAGUUUAGUCGUAGUUCAUUUACUCGACGUCAAGAAGGUGAUGACACAUUAAACAUCUUGCGCAGACAAAGGCAAGAAGCCCUUGCAGCCAAAAUGGAAACUAUUUUGCCAAAGAAGGAACUGCCAACAACUAAAUCAGAGACUCCAGCUCCGACUUUAGACACCUUAACCACCAAAAAAGACUCCACCACUGCAGUCAAUUCCCUUGGGAGACAAAAAGAAACAACCAGUACUACUGCCACAAAUUCCGAGCCAGCAACCAACACUGAAACUAAAGAGAGGCGCAGAUCAUAUCUAACACCUGUAAGAGACGAGGAAGCUGAGGCUCAACGAAAAGCAAGGUCUCGUCACGCUAGACAGUCUCGCCGAUCCACUCAGGGAGUAACUCUUACGGAUCUGAAAGAGGCUGAAAAGGUAAUCAAAGGACAACAGGAGAACAAAGUGGCUGAGCCGGAACCUGUUAAAACACAAGAGGAGGAGAGUAGCAAAGAUAACCAAUCAAAAGCCAGGACUGCCCGAGGAGCAACAGAUGAUGGGACGGAAGUCAGCUGGAGAGCUCGUAUCGCUAGUUUGCAGAAAUCUGAUCUUUUAGGAAUUACCACUCCAGAUCCACCUCCAGCCCCAUCAGGAUCUCACAGACGAGGAGGACAGUCAUUGGAUAGCAAAGAGCAGCAAAAGUCCCAAGAGGAAGAGAAAGAAAGCGAUGAAAAAGGUGGAAGGAAUAAAGCAGGUGUGCGAGACCGAAGGAGGCCGCGAGGGAAGCGGAGGUCUACUGGCGUUCCCCUUACCACAAAAGAUAGCGAUGGGGAAGAAUCUGAGGACGACGAUGGAUCGGAAGAGCAACCUGCACAGGUAGAUGGGCUCAGCUCUCGGGCAAGUACUGUAUCCAACACACACACAAGCCGAGGGGAAACCACGCUAGCGUCCGAAUCCCGAGAACCUAAAGAUUUUAAGAAGCUAUACAUCGACCUGAUGAGAGACAAUGGGCGCUUACGCUCCCAGCUGCUAAAUACCCAGAACCUGGUGAAUGAGACCAAAGCUGAGCUAGAAAGAGCAACACAGAGGCAAGAAAGAAGUGUGGACAGAUCGUUCUUGAUCGACACAGAAAAGAAGGAGAAGGUUAUAUUAGAGCGCAGAGUGUCUGAGCUUCAGGAAGAGUUAAAGGUUCUCGGAGACCUGAAGGCUGAUAACCAGCGUCUGAAAGAUGAAAAUGGGGCUCUUAUCAGAGUCAUCAGCAAACUCUCCAAAUAGGCAGCUGCCCUCUGUCUCUUCUGUCAGGAGCUGGGAUUUCCUGCUCUCCCACCUUGCACAUGCACUGGGAAUGACCAUUUGGAUAUUUCUACUAUUUUCGAGUGCCAGGAAAAAGUGGUUUACGACCAGCUCCUCCUUCUCUCUGGCAUUUACAUUUUCUUCAAUUACAUUCAGCCACCCCUGAAUCUGUUCACAUCAGAGACCAUCUCUUAGUCCUGGAGCUUUCCCGAGACCUAAAUGUGGCCAUUAUCAGAGGGGAUCUCUGCUGUUGUUUAUGAAACACUGCACACAACAAGAUGCAUUUGAAGACCAUUGUUUGUUGUUUCCUUGGAUGUCAAUAAUAGAACCUUUCAUCAAGGCUUCUUACUAGUACUUCCAAAUAAAUAAAAUGAAGCUUGGUAUAACCCUAACCAGGUCAUCAACUCUCCUCUCAGUUCUUACAACUAAUAAUUAUCAGAAAAAAAUAUUUUUGUAGUGUCUUUUUACAUUCUUUUGAAGAUGUGCAAAUACUUCUUGAAAUGUUACAUUUCCAGAUCCGCAACUUUUUCUCAUCUGAUGUUUGCGCACAAGGAAUUUCUUACCUCUGCUGUAGAUCUCGGGCCAAAAAAUGAUUUAAUGCUCUAAACAGAUAACUGGACAGAAAAACAAGAACAAUUUUAUUUUUUUCCUUGAUAUUAUUGUCUCUUCAUUUCCCUUGGGCCUUGUUGGAUUCUGGGAGAGCAACGCAGGCCGUGGGAAUCUAGCUUGGAUUAUUUGAGAAGUUUGUAAGCUCUUGAGACCUAUUUAAAAGGGGUGGCUGAUGUAAUUUGUUCCAACCACUGUGUCCCACUUACCAUGCGAAAGUCACAGUACGAUGCACAGAUUUCUGCGUGGGGAGAGCACAGUCUGAUCUACAGAUUUUUUUAAAAUUUGUUUUGUUUUAAGGAAAGAGCACAGUUUUGUGUACAGCUAUAUGUUUUCCUUUUGUGUCACCUUUUGUUAAACAAAGCUGAAGGGUAGGAGUUGGCAUCACCUAAGGUUCUCCAUUUCUUGAGCACACUUGAGACACUAAACAGGACGUGAUGUGACAUUUUGUCACUUUUUUUUUAAUAUCAAUUCCCCCCCACUGGUGUGAACUGAGUUUCUUGUUUAACUGGGAGAGUGUUUUAUUUAAUAUAUUUUUAAAAUACAUAUGCAUGGGGGGAGUGGAGAGGGAGAGUCAUAAGGACGCUAAUGUUCUAAAUUAACUACAAUUGUACAUGAACAUUUCUUAUAGCCAUUUUCUACUUUAGUGUUACUAAUCUCCAACCCCUAACAAACUAAAUGUGAUGGGAAUCCCUACCUGAUCAUGUGUGUAUUGCAGUGUUUAAACCACUACUGGGUACAAACAACACCUGCUAUAGGGGCUUCAGUAGUGGGGCUGAGAAAUACAGUAACAAUAAGCUUAAAUAAGUGCCAUUUGUUCCAAAGCAGAGUCUAGUCUUCUAUUUUUAUAAAUAUUAUAUAUAUAUAUAUAUAUAUAUAUAUAUAUAUAUAUAUAUAUAUAUAUAUAUAGUUGCAAUUGUAGGAAAAAGCCUGGUUCCUUACUGGCCUGCUUCAGUUUGUUGCUGGUUUAGCACUUGUGAAAAUUUUAAUAUAUACAUUAUUUUUUCUUAAAAAAAAACUUUUUAUACAAGUUUUCUGUGUUUGCAACCCUGUCUCCUUUUUUGAUAUAGUUUUCCCAAUAGGAAACAUUGCCUUAAGUCACAGGGCAGUAAGAAAUUUUACACCCCCCCCCCAUUUUUUUAUUUAAAUAUUAACUAAAUUAUGCGUUUGGAAUAUAACUGCUUUGGAAAUAUCUUAUUGUCUCUCAGAAGAACGGUGAUAGCGGCGCUGUGUGUUAUCUGUUUCUUGUUCUACAAAGGUCAUACUAUCCUUUUAGUCAUGUAUAUUAGCUGCAAUGUCCUCUUCUCCUGAGUCAGAGGCUGGCAGUUGUGUGAAGGAAACAUUCCAGGUUUUAAAACCCCACCCUGGGUGUUAACUUUCUGACCUACUAAAGAGUGCUGACCUUAAAAGUAGACGGAUAUAGUUUUAUUUUUGUUUUUAAUACCAGGAACUGGCACCGGCUGUAAUAAUUGAGUGUAGUGUUAUGUUAACAAGAUAUGCAGUCUAGAAAUUCACACCUCGGAUGCCAAUCAUUAAGAAAACAAAACAACUUAAAAGCCAAAGAUAAUGUACUAUAUUUUAUGGAUAUCCUAGCCAUUUGUAAAUCGCCAAGGAGGCAACAAAAUGUAUUGUGUUUUUUUUUCUUUGUGGGGGGAUAAGACUGCAACCUCAGUUUUUAUUUAUUUUUGAAUCUCUGCAUAGUACUGCAAAACACUGCCGGUUGAUGUGCACAGAAAUGUGUUGCCGAGUUUCUGGCAGCGAAUCCGUUAUCUUGUGACACGACAGAAAGCUGUCCUUGUUCCCAGAACGUAGAGAGGAAAGACAUACUUUACACUGCAGCAGGAAGCAGAGCAGUGAGGGAAAAAAGGCAAAUUUCCUGGCAGGGAACCAGCAAAGCAACAUCAAAAAUCAGAAUCUCAGGCCACAAUCUAGUUAGGAACAUGAGAUGCCAAACCCCUCUAUAUGUCCUAAACGCUGACGUCUUCCCCCUUUUCUUCUCCUGCCUGUGUUACUUUACACUCACGUCUUUAUUAUUAAUAUUAUUUUGUGCAAUAUAUUAUAUUUAUAAACGGUUUUACCAAACACUGCGUUCUGUUCAAGCUGCAGUACUGCCUUCUGCUUUAAUAAUGUUUAUAUAAUUUAUAAAUGCACUGUUUUCAAGGCACUAAUUUGUGUGUUUGUGUGUGUGUGUGUGUUUGCUAAUUUGCCAACUCUGUGACUUGCUGUCAUGCCCUGUGUGUCUUGUCACUUUCUGUUACUAUUUCCGCCCUCUGUUUUUUUUCUUUCCCUAUUGCAGUUCAUUAAGGGACACUUUUAUUGUCUAAACAACUUAAAGGGAUAUUGAAACCAUUACUAAUACAACACUAAUACCUUUAAGUUAAGUUAAAACUUUUUUUUUUUGUCUCUUUAAAUAUGUUUUGCUCAAGAUUUAAAAUCUUGGUUUAUUUUGCUUCCCUUGUGCUAUAUUUGUGUUUAAUGAAUCAUCAGGGAAUUCUAUUUAAUGGCUUGGGCCUAGUUCAUAUUACAGUCGUUAAUUUUACUGCCUGAUUGUAACAACAAAGUAUUUUAAAAGAUUUGUCAUCCUUUCUGCCAGGUAGUAAAACGUAUAAAUGAUACUCCAUAUUGGUUUGCAACGCCCCUCAUAGUAAUAAAAACCCAUGAGAAUGUUGUCUGUCUUGUUGUCUGUUUGUAAGAUUCAAACAAGACAUGACAGGGGGGAUGUGCAGUAUCUCAUGAGCUUCUGUAUGACGUUAUAACAUUUACUUUUUUUUUUUUUUUUUUUAAAGCUUGAAUGAAGAAAAAAGUUUUAACCUAAUUUUAAAAGUAAUAAUUUAGCAAUUAUUAAAAAUAAAAAAUGUCUACAAGGGUUCUAAUCUGUACUGAGUGGCCAUUUUAAAUGUGUCUGUUUCGAGCAAAGUGUUGGCUUUUUUUUUUAAUUGUUCCGUUCUUGAUUUAUAACAGCGUAUAUUUCUGGUUGUUUUUUUGAUUAAUUUUUUCUUUUGUUUUUUUUUUUUUCUGUUUUUUAUUUUUUUUUUCACUUUUUUCCACUUUUUUUUUUUUUUAACUUUUUUUUUUUUUUUACUUUCUUGAAAAUUCUAGCUUUUGUCAUUUACCAUGAAUGGAAAGUAUGUGAUAAAUGAAAUAAAUGAUCAGAAUGCUGCAGGACUAACAAACAAAAUAGCCACUCAGCAUACAUUUUUUUUUUUUUUUUUAAAUAUAAGUAGUUGUUUUUUCAGCUUCCAUUCAAACCCAUGUGUACAUCUUCCAUUAUCAAAUCCUUACUGUGUCCUAUUGGUGAUUGGAUGCGAUUCCAUCGCCACAGAAUUGCAAACAAUAAACUCACUUUGAAACAUG